CCAUGAGGCCAUUAAGCAGAGAAUGCUCUCUCUACUUGUCGAAGCUCCAAUCCACAGCACAGCAUUGCCUUCUUAAAGCCCCUCACCUCACUUUCCACCCAUCUCCACAACCGAGAGAUAUCAGCUUCUCUGUAAUUGUCUCUCGGGAUUAUUCUUUUCAUUCUAUUACGUUUUCUUACAUACAUUUUAAAGUUUUUUAUUUUGUUGAGAAUUCAUCAGAAUGCUGAUUAGUAAUAUGCUGCUUUCUUUAACACAUUGCUCGCUCAGAAUCUCAGCAGAAGAUCACCUUCUGAAGCUACUCAACUUUUCAUCUUUCUCCAUUUAUACACUCCUGUUUCUAAACAAUAUUUACAGCAACAAGCCUCCGCCCAACACCUCCUCUCUCUCUCAACCCUUCACCUCCUCAGACUAGCUUCAAGUUCUUUUACAAUCCACUAGCUUCAAGUUCUUUUACCAUCCACCAGCAUCAAGAACAAGAACGAAGAUCUCCUCAUCGCUUAUCAAACACCCGAAAUCUUUCACCUCCUCUUUCUCUUACUGCAGCUGUGCUUUUGAGUCCUCUCUCCCCCUAAUCCUAGUGUAGGUAGGGGGUCGGUGACAAGGAGGCACUGAUCUCGCACCUCCUCAUCUUCUACGAAGUUUUUUUUUUUUCCUCUUAGAGUUUGAUGCUGAAACUUUUUUUUUCCUUGAUGUAAAUUGUUGCCGUAUCAAUUGCUAACUUUCUCAAUUAUUUUCCUUCUCUCGCAAGUUACCAAAAAGCAAAAGCUGUUGUCCUUUCGUUUUCUUCUUUCUUCUAUUUACAAAUGGCAGUGGUGUUAUGUACAGAUGGAGAUAAAGGAGAGCAUUGCCAUAUGAAAACAAUAUCUUUCUGAAUUUAAUAAAUGCAUUCUUUGAACCAUUGCAUGCUAAUGCCUCUCUUUUCUCAUUGUCUUCUACCUGGGCACUGAAUAAAAUGAUUAAUAGUUGGUUUAUUGUUUCUUUUCUCCUCUCUUUUUGGUGUCUGAAGAAAGCUUGAAGAUGGGAGAGGUGGGCAAUGACAAAAGAAACGGCGAAGUGAGAUAUCAGAAGAGCUACUUUGAUGUCUUGGGCCUCUGCUGCUCCUCUGAAGUACCUCUGAUUGAGAAGAUCUUAAAGCCUUUGGAUGGCAUCCAGAAGGUCUCUGUGAUUGUUCCUUCCAAGACGGUCAUAGUAGUCCAUGACAGCCUCCUCAUUUCUCCGCUUCAGAUUGUUAAAGCUCUAAACCAGGCGAGGCUCGAAGCCACAAUUCGCGCAUAUGGCACAGAUAAUAUCAUCAAGAAAUGGCCAAGUCCUUAUAUAUUGGCUUGUGGGGUGUUGCUGCUGGUCUCGUUGUUUAAAAGGUUCUUCCAUCCCCUGCAAUGGUUCGCCUUGGCAGCAGUUGUGGUCGGUAUGCCGCCAAUUAUAUUCAGAAGCAUCGCUGCUGUUCGGAGAUACACACUAGACAUCAACAUCCUCAUGCUGAUUGCAGUUGGUGGGGCCGUUGCCCUUGGCGACUACUCUGAGGCAGGGUUCAUUGUCUUCCUCUUCACUGUAGCUGAAUGGUUAGAAGCAAGGGCCAGUGGCAAGGCCACCGCCGGGAUGUCGCUGCUGAUGAACAUGGCGCCGCAAAAGGCUGUUCUAGCCGAGACAGGCCAAGUCGUCGAUGCCCGAGAUGUAAAGGUCAACACUAUCGUCGCUGUCAAAGCCGGAGAAGUGAUCCCAAUCGACGGUGUGGUAGUUGACGGGAGGAGUGAAGUUGAUGAGAGAAGCCUGACAGGAGAGUCCUUCCCUGUUGCCAAGCAAGCCCAGUCCUUGGUUUGGGCUGGCACACUCAAUAUAGAUGGCUACAUCAGUGUGAGGACAACUGCUUUGGCCGAGCACUCCGCGGUGGCCAAAAUGGCAAGGCUGGUGGAAGAAGCCCAGAACAGCAGGUCCCAGACCCAGAGAUUGAUAGAUUCUUGUGCCAAGUAUUACACACCAGCUGUGGUGAUAGCGGCAGCAGGUUUUGCAGUGAUUCCUUCGAUAAUGAGAGUCCAUAAUCCCAAACACUGGUUCCAAUUAGCCCUGGUCCUUCUUGUGAGUGCCUGCCCAUGCGCACUAGUGCUAUCCACUCCUGUUGCAACCUUCUGUGCACUCUUGAAGGCAGCAAGGGUAGGGCUUCUCAUCAAAGGAGGGGAUGUUCUUGAAGCCCUGGCCAGGAUUGAAGUAGUGGCUUUUGACAAGACAGGGACCAUCACAAGAGGAGAGUUUGCUGUUGUCGAGUUUUGUUCGAUCGACAGUGAGAUCGCCCUACAUGAACUUCUUUACUGGGUUGCAAGCAUCGAGAGUAAAUCAAGCCACCCAAUGGCAUCUGCACUUGUUGACUGUGCGCGGUUAAAUUCCAUUGAACCAAAACCAGACUGCGUGAAAGAAUUUCACAUCUAUCCUGGAGAGGGAAUUUGUGGAGAAAUAGAUGGAAAAACCAUUUAUAUCGGAAACAAAAGAAUCGCAGCAAGGGCAUCAUGUGAAACAGUUCCAGAAUUGGUGGACAUGAAGGAAGGAGUUACAGUCGGGCACGUCUUCUCUGGAACUGUACCAGUUGGAGUAUUUACUCUCUCUGACACCUGCCGGACGGGGUCUGCAGAAGCUAUCAAGGAGUUAAAGUUGCUAGGUAUAAAAACUGCAAUGCUUACUGGAGACAGCACUGCAGCAGCCAUGCACGCCCAGAAUCAGCUAGGGCAUGCCAUUGAAGAUCUUCAUGCAGAACUUCUACCAGAAGACAAAGUGCGUAUCAUCAAUGACCUCAAGACCAGAGAAGGAUCCAUAGCAAUGAUUGGAGAUGGGAUGAAUGAUGCACCUGCAUUGGCCAUGGCCGAUGUGGGGAUCUCAAUGGGCAUAUCAGGUUCUGCAGUUGCAAUGGAGACCAGCCACAUAACCCUCAUGUCGAACGAUAUCCGGAAGAUCCCAAAAGCCAUCCGACUUGCAAGGAAGACACAUUUCAAGAUCAUUGGGAACAUUUUCUUCUCCAUAAUCACCAAAAUCGCCAUCCUUGCACUGGCUUUUGCUGGCCAUCCGCUUCUCUGGGCAGCUGUCCUAGCUGAUGUUGGCACAUGCCUACUUGUAAUCUUGAACAGCAUGAUGUUGUUACGAACAAGAACCCAAAAGGAGAAGAAAUGCUGUGGUUCUUCACACAAAUCACCUGUGCAAAGGACUGCAUGUGCGAAUCACUGUGCCAAAGGUGCAUGCAGAUCUGCAAGCCCUUGUGGACAAUUAAAGAGUUCAAGUUGCCUAGAUGAACAUAGUUGCCAUGGCCACAAUGACGCAGAGGAAUUGAGGAUGCACAGCAAUUGCGAGAAAGAAGACUGUCACAAGGAAUCACCAAGUCCUUCUUGUUGUCAGGAAUCAGUCAGACACACAAUGAAUGCAAGCCAAGAGCAUCUGAUUUCAAUCACUCCAGCAUUGGAGCAUCAAGAUGAUCACCUGCAGAAAAAGCACUGUAGGAGGCAUGUUGCAUGCAAGCACAAACCCAAUAUAAGAGAGGAUCAUAGAAGUCAUGUCACAAGUGGCGAUCGGCCAUUGGCCAGCAACUCCUCAAGGGCAUCUGCAAACAUUUGCAGCAACACAAACAAGAAUGACACAGGUGAGUGCUGCAAAAGUGAUUGGGAAGAAUGCAAGAGGAAAGAUGGUUGCUCAUCUCCACAAGAGAUCACAAGAGAGAUUGGUGGGUGUUGUAGGAGCUACAUGAAGGAAUGCGGAAAGAAAGACAGUUGCUGUGGUGGCGGCAUGAUACCUGAGAUCAUUACAGAGUAGGAGACAAAGCAUCAAGUAGUUACCUCAAUAGCCCAACAUAAGAAAGAAUGCUAAAUGUUAAUGUGGACCAAAUAGCCGCCAAACAAUUUUGGGUACUCGUAAGCAAUUAGAGUAACUAUAGUCAUCGAUCAACACCUGCCCAUGAAGAUUAGAAGGUUGGUAACCUCUUGCUUCCUUUGGAUGGAAAAAGGAUCACAUGCUUAAAAGGUAAAAAUUAUGUGGGAGAGUUGGCUGGAAGUUUUUGACUGCUAACAUGAUGUAUCAAACUCUAGUCUUCUACUUUCAAUAAAUGCAAGGAAACAAACCAUUGAUUGGUGGUGAAAGGUAA